AUGGCAUGGAGAGAAUCUACGUGCAUCUUUCAGCCGCGGCACGUGAGCGAGUUGCGAAAAGCGAUACCUUUGAUCCUCGAUGCAAAUGUGAGCUUUGCUGUUCGUUCCGGUGGCCACUGCCCGCAUCAUAGUUGCGCCAACUCAGAUGGUGGGGUCCUAAUCGACAUGGCCAACUUUGAUCAGCUAGACUUUAAACAAGAGGGCCAAGUUGCUACCGUGGGACUAGGCCUUACUUGGGGCGAGAUUUACACUUAUCUUGAAUCAUAUCAACAUGUAGUGGUAGGAGGACGAAUACUAGAUGUUGGCGUGGGUGGUUCCACAUUUGGAAGUGGUCUUUCUUGGCUCCGGAUCUUUAUGGCCUGGCUUGUCGUCCUCACCAAUGGCUCACUGGCCCAUGCCAGCGCCGAAGAAAAUGUAGAUUUGUUCUGGGCUUUAAAAGGGGGAGGAAAUAACUUUGGCGUGGUUGCGGCAUUAUCACUCACAGCAUAUCCCCUAGGCCAAGUCUGGAGAGGAAUAAAUAAGUAUAAUAUUGAGGAUCUCCCGGCCCUUAUGAACGCCUACAACGAAUAUCAGAGCGUUAUUAACAAGGAUCCCUAUGCUAACUUGAUUAUGUUGGCUUCUGCAACGAAUGCGAGUUUGGGAGUUUGGGUCUCAAUGAUAUAUCUGAAGCCCCAGGAAAACCAUACUGCAUUUUCGGCCUUCUACGGCAUCAACACGCGACAAGGUUUAUAA